AUGCUGGUACCGUUGUGGAAUCGGGUGACAUUGCGGUAUGUGGCCUUGGCCGCAAUCCUGCUCUUUGUUCUGCACGCCAGCUUCAGUCUCACACAUGAGCACAACCCUCUGCCCCGUCUCAAAACUGCCUUCUCAAAUCUAAAAGGUGGCGAUCCGAGUAGCGAUAUUUUCAACAGGACUCUCGGAUUCGAAAAGGUAUUCGCCAUCGGUCUGCCAGCACGGACGGACAAGCGAGACAUCACCGCCUUGGCAUCGUCGCUGUCCGAAUUCGACAUCACCUGGCUCCCUGGCGUGCUCUUUCGGGACAUGGACGCCAAGGCCAUCCCUGAUGGCUGGGACAUGGAUCCGGCCAUUCAAGGUUCAGAGAAAGAGGCCUUCAUAGGCUCCUGGCGGGCACACAUGGAUGCCCUCGUGCACAUCGUCGAGAACAACAUUCAGACAGCCUUGAUUCUGGAGGACGACGCAGAUUGGGACAUCACCAUCAAGCAGCAGUUCUCGCACUUCGCCACCGGCGCCAAAGCAUUGCAAGAACUGCGCAGCAACAGGACAGCCCCUUCCGACUCUGCUUACGGACGCGACUGGGACGUGCUCUGGUUGGGCCAUCGUAAGGUCGGCCCAGACAACGCCCGGCAGCCCGUUUAUGUCCUGACCAACGACACCACCGUCCCUCCCGUCGACGUUCGUCACGGAUAUUGGCGGCAGUCGCAUGUCCCCACCGAGGCGGGCGCUGACAACACGCGUCUCAUUGUGCGUACCAGGUUCAGCAGCGGCACUUUUGCGUAUGCCGUGAAUCUGCGAUCCGCACUCAAGAUCGUCGCCGCACUGCAGGUCAACACCCAGCCGUACGACAUCGCCCUGUCUCAAAUGUGCCACGAGAACUACAUCAAGCCGUUUGACUGCUACGCACCCUAUCCGCCGCUGAUGGCGACACAUCGUGCAGCGGGUUCCGCGAGUAGGGACAGCGACAUCCACACAGUAGCUGCCGCAACGGCGCAGAUGCACGAAGAAUCCACGUGGGAUGUCGUAUAUUCGGUGAUGCAGAACGUCAAGACGCUGCUAGCGGGCGACCGUUGGGUGAAAAGUCAGUGGCCCAAGCAGACCGCGCCGGGCCGGUGGGCGGACGAUAUCCUCCAGGUGCAGGGCCGGGUGGAGUGGAUGGACUUUGAGAACAUGCAGGAGAAGCACAUCAAGAAUAUCAACGGCGAGGAGAAGAAGCCAGCCGCAGGAAGCAGUUGCGAAACCGAAUGA